GCGAGGACCCGGCUGCUGCAGUGAUGCUGUCGCAGCAGAGAGCAGGGGAAGGGACCACUUUUAGCCUCAAGUGCAUUAAGGAUAAGAAGGUUCCCAUUGGGGUCACCGUGGUCGUGGCCGCGCUGCUUCUGGCCAUCAUUGCGCUGGCGGUGAAGAAGUUCCCCUCCUGCCCCGCCUGCCCCUCUCCCACCCAUUCCAGCUGCCUGGAAAACGGGAUCGGAUACAAAGAGAAGUGCUUUUACUUCGUGGAGGAUGAAGCAGAGUGGAACAGGAGCGAGACCUUCUGCCUGUCCCUCGGAGCCCAUUUGGCCACCAUCGACACAUGGCAGGAGCUGCGUUUCCUCUUGCGCUACGGGGGCUCCUUGCACUACUGGAUCGGGCUCCGGAGGGAAGGAUCCGCACCUUGGACCUGGUUCAAUGGGUCCCUCUUCAACAACUC